AUGUUAUGUUUUAAAAUAGACCUGGAAGUAAUGAAGCCUUUAAUAGAAGAACAGAGUUCAGACACUGAUGAUGAAAAUGAAACAGAAUUACUGCCGGCAGAGAAGAAAUAUCAGCUUGAUAGUCAGGAGCCCAUUACAUUUGUCCAAACGCUCACUCACCUCCUUAAGGGGAACAUUGGGACGGGACUUCUGGGCCUCCCGCUUGCAAUGAAAAAUGCAGGCAUUCUGCUUGGACCAAUCAGUCUUUUCUUCAUUGGGAUUAUAUCAGUUCACUGCAUGCACAUUUUGGUACGAUGCAGCCAGUAUCUAUCCAUCAGAUUGAAAAUACCUUUCUUAGGGUAUAGUGACACAGUUAGCCAUGCCAUGGAGACAUGUCCCAUUAACUUAUUACAGAAACGAUCAUCUUGGGGAAGAUAUAUUGUUGACUUCUUCCUUGUGAUUACCCAGUUGGGCUUUUGUAGCGUUUAUUUUGUAUUCUUAGCUGAAAAUAUGAAACAAAUUUAUGAAGGAUAUGUUCAAACUAAAUCAGCUGCUACGAAUACCACAGGAAGCAUUGGACCCUCAGAAAAAAGGACCAUUGAUUUGAGAUUAUAUAUGUUAUGCUUCCUUCCAUUUGUAAUCCUCUUGGUUUUCAUUCGAGAUCUUAAGCAUCUGUCUGUGUUCUCGUUCCUUGCAAAUUUAGCCAUGGCUGUCAGCUUGAUCAUUAUUUAUCAGUAUGUCAUACAGGGUUUAUCUGAGCCACGGAAACUAAUUCUGGUAGCUGGAUGGAGCAGGUAUCCCCUUUUCUUUGGCACAGCUAUAUUUGCAUUUGAAGGAAUAGGAGUGGUGCUCCCCCUCCAGAAUAAGAUGAAAGAAGCCGACCGCUUCCCACUGGCACUCAACAUUGGCAUGGGAAUUGUGAUGGCCUUGUAUAUUUCAUUAGCCACCCUGGGAUAUGUACGCUUUGGGGACGAAAUCAAAGCCAGCAUCACUCUCAAUCUGCCACAAGAUCAAUGGUUGUACCAAAUGGUCAAGAUACUUUAUUCCUUUGGGAUUUUUGUGACCUAUUCGAUUCAGUUCUACGUUCCAGCCGAGAUCAUCAUUCCAGUUGUAGCAGCCAGAGUGCAGCAGAAGCUGAAGAUGAUCUCUGAGUUGAUUGUGCGAGUGCUUCUGGUCUGCUCAACCUGUGCCAUAGCGAUAUCAAUCCCCCGUCUGGAUAUCGUGAUCUCGCUGGUCGGAGCUGUAAGCAGCAGCACUUUGGCUUUGAUCAUGCCACCACUGAUUGAAAUUCUCACCUUUUACAAGGAGAAACUAAGCGCAUGGGUGAUACUCAAAGACGUUUCUAUAGCCUCCCUUGGUGUGAUCGGUUUCAUAGCUGGCACAUAUGUAAGUGUUAAAGAGAUCAUCUGUCCCACAACCUUGCUUUCUGGUAAUGCUACGGAUGGGUCAUCAAGCUGUUUCAACACUUCACACUUGGCCAGGGGUGCCAAUUAAUGUCAGAAGAUUGGGGGCCUCUUGAACUUCAAAAUAUGGAUGUGUUUGCAAACCAAAGAGGAUUGACAGAUUCCAAAUGGAAAGGUUUUGAGAGAGGGGUUCCCCCCCCCAUCUGAAUCUGUUCCUGUGGUAGAUGCAACGUAUUCAAGAUCUCUCUUCCUUUCCAUUCAAGCAUCCAUCAUGGAUUGCGAUGUAUUUAUUUGCAAAUGGGACCAGAAAUCAAAAACACUUCUUGAUAUCAUGUUUGGACAUCUCACAUUGAGAGAAUAAUUUAUGCCAACUUCUCUAUUUAAAGUUUAGUGAGCCUUUUGAGAUCUUCUUCACAUAACUUCAGAGAUUAACAAGUUUUAUGCAAAAAUAUGCAUAUUGUCUGUGUGUGUAUGUGUAAAUCCUAUUUUACGUUUUAUGGAACACAAAUCAAACGGUUCCAGGUGGGUUAUACUCCCCAGGUGGCCAAGGACUUGAGGCAGUUCCAUCGCUGCACUUUUUCCUCCAUGAGAUUAGCGCUGAUGUCGCUGAAUUAACAGCCUCUAUGGCAGGAUCUCAGGAGAGCAAGAUAAACUGAUUAUGUUAGUAAUUUCUCCUAAUGUCUGCAAAGAAAUAUGUCUUGAGACUUAGGUCUUAGUCAUGCAAAUUCUUUACAUGCUAUAAAGGGACAAAAGUGAUGCAAUCUUGACAUGAUGCAAUUUUGGAGAGGCAAUACCUUGCUUAGCACUUUGUAGCAGAGGCAAGCCACAAUUAUGGAUUGUCACAGACAGUUCCCCCCAGCGUGCAUAAGAGUAAUAUUAUAGUUCUACCAAAAGCUGUAUUUUUCUAUUUAUUUCUAACUAUAUAGAGCACUUUUAUAUUUGUAUGUUAGCACUGUUGGAUUGCAAAUGAAAAUAUUUCUGCAGAAUUCCACUUUCUAUGGAAAUCACAUGUAUAUACCCUUUAUGCUUUCAUCUGUUUUUAACAGAAACAAGUUUUGAUAAUGUGGAGAUGCCUUGAGUGAAACUGGAAUAAUUAAUGGGUUAGAUCCAAGUUUAUUCAUCUUCAGAAUAGACCAGUUGAAAGCAAUUAGACUUAAUUAUAGCCAUGAUUUCCACUUAGAAAUUUCAGUGGGUAUAUUCUAAGCAUGACAAAGUUUGGUCCUAACCCAUCAUUUUGAAUUCCAUUACAAUCCAUUGGACCUUACAUGUUAAGGGAUUCAUAACUUGGAGCUGACCUAUUCUUCCUAAACCUCUCUCACUGUCUAAUUUGCUGAGGACUUGAAUAAUAAGAAAUGUGGGUGUAUCUGCUGUUUUGCUUGCUUUAGGCCAUAAUAGUUUACCUUGAAAUUGUCAGAGAUUGUCAUUGUCUGGGUCCCUUUGUUUCCACGGAGCUUCAUAAUUCAAAGCAAGCAGAAGAGCAGGUCUUAUGAUGCGAGGGAUACAAAAAAGUAGGAAGUUCUUCUCUGUAUUAUGCACUUAUGUGCUGUUGUGGAGUUUGCAUUGCAGACCUUUUUUUACCUUUUGUGUUUUCAUUCAUCUGUAUAUCCAUGUGUCAUACAACAUUAACAUACAACAUACUGUAUGUCAUACAACUUCACACCUUAUCCUGCCUGGGAUCUGUAUUCCCUCACUAAAGUCUUGAAUUCCUUCUUGUACUUCUUUCCCAGAUAUAUUCCACCUUAGCCAGAGGCAGGGAGAAGGGGAGGAAGAAAGUGAAUGUAUAGCGACAUAAUUCUUUUCCUAAAAGUUGUGGAAAGGAUGUUAUAUUCUUGGUUUUGAUUGCUGACUUGGCGAAUCUGUGAAUUCAAGGCCUCCAGUUUUUCUUGCCUGCAAAAAACAAUGGGAGCUGUGUUCACUCUGCAGCUUUAACAGAAUGAGCCAAUGACGCUGCAGUUCUUAAAGUAAAGAGCAUAACUUUGAAUAUAUUUUUUUCUCCUGAUCCAGCAUCUGUAUUCUUCUUCCUGACUGGUUUGUGAACAAUAACUUGAGGUUACUUUUUGCUAUGCAUCAUGAUUUUUUGGCAAACAAAUUGCACUGCACCGAAAGGGGGAAAAUACAUAUUGUUGUAACAGUGUUGCUCAUAGCUGAGAGCUACACCAGAUGUGAUGAGCUGUGUUAGUGUGUUUUUAAGCUUGACUCUGCUGUAGUCAUGUAGAAAUAAGGGAGGAGGAAGAGCUCCAAUUUGCAAGCAAGAUACUUCUGAUCAGUAUCACUUGUCACCCUCUGAACGUAUAUUUCAAGUUUGCUGCAAGUGGGUAAAUGGUUGGUGUAGAGCCAUAUUCUGAACCCCAAUAUCUGACUUGGUCCUUUAACCAGAUAUCCCUCCUUUCCCACCCAUUUGGAGCAGGCAUAUCUUCCAAUUGAGGGUUCUGCAAGGAUCACAUCUCCAUUGGCUCUGAGCUUGAACAAUUGUAAAAGAAUCAUUUAACAAAUUGGUCUUGUCAGUAGAACACCAAUUCUGAUUUCUCUUCCCCUUUUGGUUUUGCCAGUACUCUGGGUCCAUUUAGAGGGUUCAGAACUGCCAAAUGCACCCAGAAGAUCCAUUAUUUGUCCCUUGACUUGUGCUUGGAAUCUUUGCCAGUAUUCUGAAGGUUGCUGGGCGGCCCUAAUUUGUGACCCACCCAAUUGACAAGGCUGACAGAAUACUAUUUAUUAUUCUCGUAAAGUCUAUUAUGUGCCUUUUGUAAGAGAAACAGAAACGGUCUUUUUCUUAAAAGUCAAGAAAAAGUCAAUGCCAUUGGGUGGCUGUUGGAUUCCUGUCCUCUGAAGUAUAUGUAAAUUCAUUCAACCUUACUAUCAAGUUCAGUUGCUCUUACCUCGCCCUCCUAGCAACUAGCCAGAUUUGUUGCUACACUUCUCCUGGGUACAAAAUUACUCUCCUUUUCCUUUCCCAACAUGUACUCAAUUGCUGUAAUUGAAGGGACAUGAAGCAGUAUAAAACCAGAUGUUUCACAUGUACAUCAAUUGCACAGUAGAUUUUUCAGUGUUUUCCUACCAUGUAGGAGCUUUUUACUUCAAGGUGGCUGAUCCAGCACAUUGGAUUAUGAGGUGAAGUAGAAUGCCUUCACCUCAGUAGCACUACUCAAAGAAUUCAAAUAGUGUUAUGGCACUAUGUAUUUUUGUGUCUAUUUAAAAAAAAAAAUUAAGGAAGCAAAUUC